UUUUUAUACAUAUCGAGAUGAGUCCAACUCAACCGAGUCACCGCCGCGUAGUGCAGUGGCAUAAGCGGCGGCGCGUGAUUUCAACCCGUCAGUCCACCGCCCGAAGACGGAGCAAAAUGCGAAUGCAUAUCGCCAAAAAUCAGUCAGAAAGUCACUGCAAAAGCUUUUAGUUGAGAGAGAGAGAGAGAGAGAGAGAGAGAGAGAGAGUUCAUUUACAAUUUACAUCAUCACUUGCACUUUUCACUGGUCACUUCUCUCUCCCUUUCUCUCUCCUCGCUUCCAUUUGCUUCAUCUCGGGAACGCUCUGAAGGUUAAGGUUCGCUAUAUCUCUGUGUUUUGAAAGUUCUGUAGUCGUAGCUGUGUUGCUUUGUGGGGAAGUUGGUAGCUUUUUACACAAGAAAAGCACUCCGGUGGCGAAAAGGAGAUAGGAAGUGGUUACGCGCACGGGCAUUUUCCCAUUGUGUGGCGAGGGAAACAGAUCGGCAGUGAGCUUUUGCCUUUAGAGGGUUUAAGAAAUGCAAGGAGGGGGAGGUAGUCACUCGUUUCCUGAAGCCGCAUCAUUUGACAAAACAAGGGUAUUGGAUGUGAAGCCUCUCCGGGUUCUGAAACCUUUCUUUACCGCUUCCAAUGAAAACCCUCCCUCUUUCUCCAUCCCUCCCGGCGGCACUGGAACAUUGCCAACUUACCCAUUCAGUGUUCCGCAAGAAUUUCAGACCUCACAGCAAAACCCCCAAAGGCAAGCUCCAGUUGCUCCGAUUCCGCUCAGGUCAUUCAGGACUCCCGGACCUAGGAUAAAUGGCGAGGAGCCGAGAGAAGACGGGGCUGGUGAUAGUCCAAAUUAUGGCAAUUUCGAUCUGCGUCGUUCGAGAUCUUCCCGAAAGACAGGGAAGAAGAGCAAAGAGUCGGAGUUUUGGGUAGCAGACGGCGAAGGUAAUGGUGCACCUAAUUAUGUCGUUCCUAUCAAUUCGAUCCAACGCGAGGAUGGUGACGGGAAUGUGGUUGACUACGUGCUCAUGACAUUUGAUGGGAUUCGGAGGAGGCUUAGCCAAUUAGAAGACUCAAAGGAAGGGCAGACUGGAGGGAUCAAGCGUGCUGAUCUGAAAGCUGGGAAUAUGUUGAUGAGCAAAGGGUUUAGGACCAAUAUGAGGAGGAGAAUUGGGGCCAUCCCUGGUGUUAAAGUUGGUGACAUUUUCUUUUUCCGGAUGGAAAUGUGUGUCGUGGGACUACAUGCUCCAUCGAUGGCUGGGAUUGAUUACUUGAAUGUAAAAAGUGAUCAUCAAGAAGAAUCAGUAGCAUUAAGCAUUGUUUCCUCUGGGUCCUAUGAAGAUGAUGUAGGUGACAAGGAUGUUUUGAUUUAUAGUGGGCAGGGUGGGGCAUCUACCAAGAAAGAUAAGGAAGUUUCCGAUCAGAAGCUUGAGCGGGGUAAUCUUGCUCUUGAGAGAAGCUUGCGUCGUGCCAACGAGGUUAGAGUCAUUCGCGGAAUGAAAGAUGUUACAAGUCCCAAUAGCAAGGUGUAUGUAUAUGAUGGGCUUUACAGAGUACAAGAAUCGUGGAUGGACAAGGGUAAAUCUGGUGCUAGCAUUUUCAAAUACAAGUUGAUGAGGAUUCCUGGGCAACCAGAUGCAUUUGCUGUUUGGAAAUCGAUUGAAAGGUGUAAGGAAGUUAUCUCUACUCGCCCCGGACUGAUACUUUCUGAUUUGACUUCUGGGUCUGAGCACGUGCCCGUUUCCCUUGUGAAUGAAGUUGACAAUGAGAGAGGACCUGCUUAUUUUAAUUACUUCUAUGACCUAAGAUACUUCAAACCUUACAACUUAUCUGAUACUUCUCAUGGCUGCAACUGCAGCGAUGCAUGUAAACCUGGUGAUCUCAACUGCUCCUGCAUUCAGAAAAAUGGGGGUGAGUUUCCGUAUACUGGAACUGGGGUUCUCGUAAGUCGGAAGCCACUUAUACAUGAAUGUGGUCCAUCUUGCCGGUGCUCUCCGAACUGCAAAAACCGAGUCUCACAAAGUGGUCUGAAACUCCACCUAGAGGUGUUCAGGACAAAGGAUCGGGGUUGGGGCCUCCGAUCUUGGGAUCCUAUUCGAGCCGGAAGUUUUAUAUGUCACUAUGCAGGUGAUGUCAUAGACGGAACUAGACUGAAGCAUAAAUUAGAGCAAGGUGAAAGUGAUGAACAUGUUUUCGACACAAGCCGUGUUUACGAGUCAUUCAAAUGGAAUUAUGAAUCUGGAUUGUUGGGAGAAGAACGUUCAAAUGACUCUUCAGAGGAGUACAGUAUGCCACACCCCUUGAUUAUUAGUGCUAAGAACUUUGGAAAUGUGGCCCGAUUUAUGAACCAUAGUUGUUAUCCAAAUGUCUUCUGGCAACCAGUCUUUUAUCAGCACAAUAAAGAGUGCUAUAUCCGUAUUGCCUUUUACGCCAAAAGGCACGUUCCUCCAAUGACAGAGUUAACUUAUGACUAUGGGUUUCUGCCUGAUGAUCGUGAUAUUUACACCACAAGGUAUAGGAAGAAGCAAUGCUUAUGUGGAACUUCAGAGUGCCGGGGUUAUUUUGGCUUGUAGUGUGAUGUGCGAAAUGGGAGAGAAGCAUAGGGGUGGUAAAUCGUGGACUUAGAAGUGAGGGGCACUCUGCGGAAGUAGGAAGAAAGUGGAAAUUGCACGGUAGCUGUUGGCUUUAAUGCUUUCAAUGUAAUCAGGAGAAGUUAUCGUGUGAUAAGUAGAUGGAAAGAUAGAUGCUGAUGGAGCUGUGCCCAUGGGUGAAGGAUUGGUUAUGUGGGAGGUGAGAUUGCUGGGAUUAGCGGAUGCUGAUGGCAUGGGAAGGUGGAAUCUCACGAGUUAGUUGGUCUAGGUAGAGGGGCGCAAGUACAAAUAACAUUUUCAUAUCUCGGAGAGAAGUACGUGCAGGCAAGUAAUACUCAGCAACCUGUAGACAUUUACCAUGAUUAUUCCCCGAUAAUCUGGUGAGAGUUCCUAUUGGAGAUAUGAUGAGUGGCCUCAUAAUUCUAGUUGGAUGAUAAAUUGUCGUGGAUGUGGGCUUUAGACAAGAACGUCUAAAAUCAGAUUUCUUUGAUCAUUUUGGAUGAUGAAGUGCCAUAGGGUUGGCCAAAACUAAUGGAGCAGGACUGCCUUUUAUAAAGCUAUCAGAAAGCUGUCUUUCUCCUUUUAAUAUUCUUUGCACAAUAGAGUUCGCCGCUGUGCAAUCUGAGAAUGUAAACUUGGUUUGACUUGUUGUAUUAUUUUUUGUAGCUUUUACGUGCUUCAAAACUCCAAAAUUCAUCAUCCUUCACUUUAUAUGGCAUAUUUUUCCUGUGG